UGAGUUCCUCUGCGCUCAGACCAAGAGGCAGACCUUUUCGCAUGUAACGCAAAGCUGUGCGGAUCUUGGACUCAUUGCUCAGCUAUGCAAUAGAGAAGAGGAUUAGCUCAGGCUGAGCACCAGUGCGAGGACUUGGCGUCUGGCCAUUUAUCACCUGGCUGUCUGACAGUGGACCCACCACACUCUCCCUCUUUGUCUCGUUUCACCUAAAUUCUCCUCUCCGCUCCCCGUCUUAUUCUCCCUCUCUCCUUUAACCCCCUCUCUUCUCCCCCCUCUUCCGCCAUGACCCUGCUAUCAGAGGACCAGUCCGCGAGGCCCCAGCCGUGCCGGCUCCCCGAGCCGGGCAAACACAUCAGCGCCUCUUUGCACCAGUACUCAACAGACUGCACCGAGUCCAAAGAGCUCUACAUGGACAGUGGGGAGAGCGCGGUUUUCAGGGCCGUGGAGCCCCCGAGGCGCUCGCGGGGCCGCCUCAUCCUCCACGGCCUGGUCAUGUUCGGAAGGGAAUUCUGCUACGCCGUGGAGGCGGCGUUCGUCACGCCGGUGCUCCUGAGCGUGGGUCUGCCUCGCAGCCUGUACAGCUUGGUGUGGCUGAUCAGCCCCAUCCUGGGCUUCCUGCUGCAGCCCAUCAUCGGCUCGGCCAGCGACUACUGCCGCUCGUCGUGGGGGCGGCGGAGGCCUUACAUCCUGGUCCUGGGCAUCCUCAUGCUGCUGGGAAUCACCCUUUUCCUCAACGGAGAUGCUGUCAUUUCAGCAUUAGUCGGCGACAGGUCGGCGAGGAGCACGUGGGCGAUCGUGGUGGUGAUGUUCGGAGUCGUGCUGUUCGACUUCGCCGCAGACUUCAUCGACGGACCCAUCAAGGCCUACCUGUUCGACGUGUGCUCGCACCAAGACAAGGAGCGGGGUCUGCACUACCACGCUCUGCUAACGGGGCUAGGCGGAGCAUGCGGAUACCUGGUGGGAGCCAUGGACUGGGGUCACUCUGUCAUGGGUCAGCUGCUGGGCUCCGAGUACCAGGUCAUCUACUUCUUCUCAGCGCUGACCUGGACCAUCUUCCUCACCGUGCACCUCUUCAGCAUUCCCGAACAACCUCUGAGCAAAGACAUGUCCGCGAGCGACUCCUCGUUUUCCAGCGCCCUCCGUCCGCUGGGAUCCCACAGCAAAGGCUACGGGACGCUGGCGGAGGAGCCCGUCUCCUCUUCCGCCAUGUCGUCCGUCACGGACCUCCGGCCCAGGUCUUUCUCUGCCCUGGGGGAGGCCAACUCUGUGACCUCCAGCGCCAAGCAGCCCAACAAGGAGGCCCAAAAGAAGAUGACGUUGAGGUCCCUGGUCAAAGCCGUAGUCAACAUGCCGGACCAUUACCGCUACCUCUGUGUCAGUCACCUGCUGGGAUGGACCGCUUUCCUCUGCAAUAUGCUCUUCUUCACAGACUUUAUGGGACAGAUUGUAUAUAAGGGAAAUCCUUAUGCGGACCACAACUCCACAGCCUACGUCACGUACGAGCGAGGGGUGGAAGUUGGCUGCUGGGGGCUGUGCAUCAACGCGGUGUCCUCUGCUCUCUACUCCUACGUGCAGCGCUUCCUCCUCCCGUACAUCGGCCUGAAAGGAUUGUACUUCAUGGGCUACUUCGUUUUCGGCAUGGGCACCAGCCUGAUCGGCCUCUUCCCCAACGUCAUCGCCACGCUCACCCUCUGCAGCGUGUUCGGCGUCAUGUCCAGCACGCUGUACACCAUCCCCUUCAACCUGAUCGCAGAGUAUCAGCGCGAGGAGGAGGAAAAACUGAAGCUGGAAGGCAGCAAUAAAACUCCCCGAGGCAGCGGGAUGGACUGCGCAGCGCUCACUUGCAUGGUCCAGUUGGCUCAGAUCAUCGUGGGCGCUGGUCUCGGGGCUCUGGUGAACGUGGCAGGUAGUGUGAUCGUGGUGGUCCUCUCAGCCUCGACCAUGUCCCUGCUGGGCUGCAUAUUCAUCGCGCUUUUUAUCAGAUAUGUGGAAUGAUUCUGCUUUAUUUUAAUUAUUUUAAUGCUAUUGUUUUAAUAAAUAAAGAUUGUUUAUUACAUCCUUUAAA